AGCCCCAUUAGCCAAACUCUGCUUUCAGUUGUCUGUUGCAUGCAGCUAAGAUUCACUGCUUAAAGUGUACAUGGAUAUCCAGUGUAAUAUAACAGUGGUAUUGGAGUCUGAUUGUGACUUCCAGUGCUCCAUAUCUUGGAAGGUUCGACAAGAUGACACUGUAAAGAAAGUGAAAGAAUUUAUCUUCUCUCAAGUUGGAAUUGCCGAGGACCAACAAGAGCUGACGUACAUUGGACGACUUAUGGAAGAUGACAAGAAACUCUCUAACUACGCUGUGUUAGAUGGCUCAAACAUUCAACUAAGGCUCGUACACAACAAAGAUGAUAAAGAUGAGGCUGCUGUUUUUCGGAGGAACUUCUUCAAGUUGGCACAAGGAAUCACUGACCCUGGAGUGUUUGGUGCCAGACUUUAUGCUGCUUUUCUGGUAACAGCUGAAGUGCGGGACAAUGCAGCAAAUGAGAUUCAUCCACCUUGCAAACGUGUCUUACAACUACUAUCGGUAGUUGAGGCCCAAAUCAAGCUUUAUCCGGCACAAAACUUCCCUCAAUUUAUCAAAAUUCUUUGUGAAGAGAAGUGCUAUUAUUUACUGGCGAAAUCUCUUUGUCCAAAACUAGCUGAAAAGUACAUUCAGGGAGCAGAAAUACACACAAGUGAUACGUCUAUUGACCCCCGACCACAAGAUGAUAAAGAUAAGGCUGCUGUUUUUCGGAGGAACUUCUUCAACUUGGCACAAGGAAUCACUAACCCUGGAGUGUUUGGUGCCAGACUUUAUGCUGCUUCUCUGAUAACAGCUGAAUUGCGGGACAAGGCAGCGGAAAACAUUCAUCCAUCGUGCAGACGUGUCAGUGUCUUACAACUACUAUCGGCAGUUGAGGCCCAAAUCAAGCUUUUUCCGGCACAAAACUUCCCUCAAUUUAUCAAAAUUCUUUGUAAAGAGAAGUAUUAUUUACUGGCGAAAUCUCUUUGUCCAAAACUAGCUGAACAGUACAUUCAGGAACUUGAAGCAGAAAUACCCACAAGUGAUAUGUCUAUUGACCCCCGACCACAAGGUAGACGUGCACGCGCACAGCUUAGCACCCAUCAAAUAGACACACUGGCUACAAUUAAUCAGCAAGAUCCACUAUCAGCUCAAUUUCUCACUGUUGAGAAAAUUAGACUACAGAUAGAAAAACUUGACGACGAAUUUCGUACACUAACCUUUGAGUUUAAAGAAGAGCUUGAUACAAAGAUAAAAGGCGGCAAAGAAAAACUUUCAAAGGUUAAGCACUUUGUCAGUAUCUUGCCUGAGGAUAUUAAGCCUGAGCAUAAAACAUUUGUGGAAGCGAUUGUUGAGGAUAAAAAGUUCAAAGAUAAGGAUAUCGAAGAACUUUUCUAUAAAUUAAACACCUACUGGUCAUAUAUCAAUUACAGCUUGUUGCUCUAUUUGAUAAGGAAGUUAGCCAGUGAUGCGCUUAAGUUAAAAAUGGAACGAUACGAUGAAGACAUGAAAUCGUUUCGGGAGCGAACAACUGUGAGUAAAUUUGUUGAGAUACGGGGGGCUGAUUGUGACGAAAAAGUAAUGUCGGAAGCAGAAAGUAAAUUCGUUAGAGUUAGGGCAAAGCUUGACAAAGAUGCUUCUCAUUGCACUCUUGAAGACCUGCACCUGUUACGCAAGGACUUCUGCUCUGCUUAUCACUUGUCUGAUUGUGCUCUAUUGCUCCAUAAUCUUGAGACAGGAUCGAUCUUUAUUGAAUGGUGGCUCCCAGUACAAUUUGAAGUAGGUUUACUGUCUUUGAUCAAGCGGGAGCCUAUUGAGAUCUUUUGCCACACUCGCAACAUUGAACGACUGGAUAUUGGAGGAGAAAGAAUUUAUGAUGAAAAUGUACUUGAUGAAAUCAGUAUUCCAGAGCAACAAAACCUGAAAAACUUUCUGGACUGCAGAAAAUGCGAAUGCUUGAAUGAAAUGGAUGAUCACCCUUUCACACACGCACUUAAACCUGGACCGUUGCAGUAUCUCGAGUCAGAUUGCAAUGAACAGCUGAUCAUCUCCUUUGAAUUUCAAAGCCCAGUGAAGCUCCACUCAAUUCAGCUGACAGGACCCUUGGAUGGAUGUGCUCCAAAGACUCUGAGGCUCUUUAUCAAUCAGCCAAUCACACUGGACUUUGCCCAAGCACAACAAAGAACUCCAGUGGAAGAGCUUGAACUUUCCGAAGAGGAUGUUGCUCACGAUUCAUCAAUCCAGCUAAACUUUGUCAAGUAUCAGAAUGUCAAGAAUCUAACGAUCUUUGUCAAGGACAAUCAAGGUAACAAGGCCACCACAGUGAUCAACCAUAUUGGUCUCUAUGGAAACCCAGUGGAAUGGCUGGACAUGUCAGAGUUUAAAGAGGUGCCAUCAUGUCCUUGGAGUCGCUACCAAUAAUCAGUUGCACCAUUUAAUAAUCAGUUUCAGUAUAGCAUUAAUUAUUCUGCAUUUUACGUAUUUUUCUGUAACUAUCUCAGUUGUAUUGACUGAGUUUUGUGAAAAAACUGCAUUUUAUAGCCAACACAUGAAUCAUCUGUAGUGUGUGUGA